UUGUGGUUUUGCUUUUGGUUGUUUGAUUGAUUGAUUUCAUUUACAUAGAUAGAUAGAUUGAUAGAUAGAGAGAUAUGUAAAUUUUUUCCAUCAGGUCUUUGUUUGGAGGCCUACAGGAAAUCUUGAGAUUUGGCGACUGGGCGUGGCUUCCAUGCCUGUGUGUGUCAGCCAUCUUGAGAAUGGGCGUGGCUGAGGUCCCACCUGUCAGGGGCAGAUAUAAAAGGGCAUGCCUGACAGAGGCAAGGGCUUCUAAGCUGUGAGCUUCUGUCUGUAGGUGUUCUCUCUCUGCUCAGGAGAGCACACACCUGACUAGAGGCAGGUCACAAGGUGAGUCUGGCGUGCAGAUCGAACCUAGAGAAUCCAGCCCUGUCCUCGGGAGUGGUCAUGGAGACUAGCUCCGAGGCAGGUGUUCUGCAGAAGCUGCUGGAUCGCCUUUGCCAGGAGACCGACCCAGGAAAAAUCUACAAAACGCUGAAGAAAAUGUCUUCUCUUCCUUCUCUGUGUGACUGCCUUGCAGAGAUUGGCUUCAGAAAGACCAUCAAGUCCUUGAAGAAACAGCAACUCCUCGUGCCCUUUGUAAAGGACUUAGUGGCCCAGUGGUCCACUGGGUUCCUGCAUGGGCCCCAGCCUGAGCAGACCCGGCAGGACUUUGGCUUGGAGAAGGGCCUCACAUUGGAGGGCCGGAGCACCUCCCCAGAAGAGAAGCCCCAGGAGCAAGCAUCCCAGGAAGUCCGCAGAGAUGGGAGAGAGGUUUUCCUUGGGCUUUGCAGCUGCUGCCCAGGCAGCAGCUCUUGCCUAAGCCAGAGCCGAAAAUCGCACCAAAGGUCCAACCGUAGGGCACCUCACAUUGGAAGCCCGCAUCCAGGAGAAAACUCUAGCCCUGAGCUGCAGCAAGAUGUCCAGAACCUGGUGCACCUAGGAACGUCCAGGGCGAGCCUGGAGGAGCCUUGGCAGCAGGAAGGGGCCAAGCCCCUGUCCAGAAAGCCAGGGGCUGGGCCACAGGAGCCCACUGGGCUUGUGUUUGGUGGGCACAACAAGUGCCAGCCACCAGGCAACUGGGAGCAGGAGGAAGCCCCUGGAGCUGGUUCGUCCUGGGCUUGCCUCAAUGGGGAGUGCUGCUCUCCUUCCUCUUCGGAGUGUCCACAGGGCAAGAGGCAGAGGUGGGAAUCCCAGUGUCCAGCCGAGGCCCAGAGUCCUCCUGCAAAGGUGCCUCGAGUGGAGUCUGGAAGCUCCAUGGAUCUCAGUCCCAUUGCUGCCAGCACCAUUCCAGAGACUCCCUCCAGUGGCCAAGUCUGGUUCGAAUGGGAUCUUGCCCAGGAGACAUUUUCCUCUCUGCAGGAUCAUAAAGCCUCAGCUUGGGGGUGGGAGCUCAGGAAGCAGCACAGAACCCGAGUCUAUUCAGGUUGCAGGCCUGCAGCAGGACCCCAGCAGAAGCUCACUGGAACCAGGGAUGGUGCUCACUGCCAGGCUGGCAAGGACAAAGUUGGGCUUGGGCAGCCAGAACAGAAGUCCUGGCCCCAGGGCCGCAGGUGCAAGGAAUCCUACAGCCAGCCUGAGGCCCCCACAGCACUGCAGCUUCAGGGGUCCCAAGAGGAGAGGCUGCAAACGGUCAUAGGCCGCCUCCAAAGCACAGGAGCCAAGGGGCCUCAACCCAGACAGACGAUGAUGGUCUCCUUCAUCACCGAGCUCAAGAGCCCCAGCCAACAAGGACAGCCAGGACCCACUGGGGCUGCCUCUGCCCAAAAUGCCCACAGUCUUCCUGAGGCUCCUGGCCAUCCUCCAGCCCAGAGGGCUUCCUGCCUUCUCCUUGGAGAAAGAGGCACCAAAAAGGGCCCUGCUAAAAGACCUGCUCCUCUCAUGGCCAAGGCCCUGAAGGACUACAGAAAGUGCUUCUAUAAAAGGUGAACCCCAGAUGAUUUCCAUCACCAGAAAACCUGCAACUCCUGAGACUUGGACUGACUGGACACACAGGCGCUUCCCUCCAGGGACUGGCUCAUGGUACACCCUGUGUUUAGGGCUCCGGGCAGACUUCC